AUGCCGAUGUUUUACGGUCCUGGUGGGCCAUAUGCACUUUUUGCUGGUAGGGAUGCCAGCAGAGCCUUAGCUCUCAUGUCAUUUAAACCUCAAGAUCUUACUGGGAACAUUGCUGGCCUCUCCACUUCUGAGCUGGAAGUACUUCAAGAUUGGGAAUAUAAAUUUAUGGAGAAGUAUGUCAAGGUUGGACAGCUUGUUCCAGAAAAAAAGAGGGCUGAGCACAAAGAAGGUCAAAAUAAAAUGCAAGAGGGUCAGAAUGCAGAAGGAAAUAGAGAACAGUAGAGAAUUUUACGAUGUACAUUUAGUGCUUGCAAAUAGAGUUCUUAUAAGUGAACUGGUAUUUUGCUUGUUUUUUGGUUGUGGUGAACGAUGAAUUUUGCAAUCAUGCAAAACUACGUUCAUGGGUUUCUGUGUAAGAAUGUGAUUUUCAUUUGUGUUAAAUUAUGGUUGACCAUUUUAGGUGAUCUUUGGAGAUCGUUAAGAGCAUGGAUGACGUGGCACAUAAGUUGACCAGCUGAUGAUUCAUUGAACG